AUGGAAGACGUCACGAACAACCUCCUCACAUGCUGUUGUUUCUUGCUCAUACCAUCCACAAAGAAGUUCAGAAUCGUCUUCUAUCCCGUCGACAAGGCUGAAGGCGAUGAACCAGAAGACGCACUUAACCGUUGGAUUGCUAUCUCUAGGCUCCCAGCUGAGGCAACAACCUCUACUCAAUCAUCAUGA